CAACAAGCGUAUUUUUUUGUUGUUAAGAAAAUACUUAUACGACAACGUUCGUGUGUCCAUGGGAAUUCAACAAACAACCGGUGAUAAACACACAUGGAACGCAGAGUAAAAAAUAUAGUCAUCCGAUCCCCACUUUGGCCGGCGCCUACACCACCUACACACCUUGCGUGGGUAUAUAUACAAGCCCGGUUGCCAGCCAACUUCGACACUUGGAGUUACAUAGACGUGGCCGACAAUUGCUUGGGCUGCAGUGACACGAGUAUCGCCGACGUAUCAAGAGGGACAAACAAAAAGUAAAACUCUCGACGAAAUGGCAGAAAAAAUCGACGAAGCGGUCCUGAGCGUGACCAAGGGUGCCGAGGGAUUCACCACUGACUUUCACAAGAGCUUAGCCGGCAAAAACAAGGGAAACUUUGUGAGCUCGGGCUUGAGCGCGCACACGGUUCUGUCGAUGGCCGCGUACGGCGCUGAUGGAUCCUCCGCCCAGGAGAUGCGCAAGACCCUCCACCUGCCCGUCAACGACUCCCACAAAGUUGACAAAGUGACUCUCGAAGUGGCCAACAGAAUUUACAUUGCCAAGAACAUGAAGGUGAGGGAGGAAUUCAAGCGGUUAGCGAUCGACCCCUUCCGCACGGAGGCCGCGGAGAUGGACGUGACGAGUCCCAAGGAGACCGUGAAGAUGAUCAAUGACUGGGUCGCCGAGAAGACGCACCAGAAAAUCAAGGAUCUCAUGCAAGAAGAUGACAUCAGAGCGGACACGCGUAUGACGCUCCUCAACGCGAUUUACUUCAAAGCCAACUGGUACACGGCGUUCAACCAGAAGGACACGCGUGACGAGACCUUCCACCUCGGCGAGACCAGCGAGGUCAAAGUUCCGAUGAUGCAGGUGACGGUCAACACUUACCACGGCGAGCUCCCGCGGAUGAAGGCCAAGUUCAUCGAGCUUCCCUACGAGAACGAAAACGUUGUUAUGAUCGUCAUUUUGCCGGACGAGGUCAGCGGGCUCAGCGAGAUCGAGAAGCACCUCCACUCGCUCUACCCCAAGACGUUGUCGGAGGCGAGGGACUUCAAGGAGGUCCAAGUUUCUCUGCCCAAGUUCAAGAUCGAGAGCACCGUCGAUCUCAAACGCGUCGUUCAAAGGUUGGGUAUGACGGACAUGUUCACCGAUCGCGCCAAUUUUACUGGCAUUGCUCUUGAGCCGCUGAAGGUGGACAAAGUCGUUCAGAAGGCUUUUAUCGAAGUCAACGAGAAAGGCAGCGAAGCUGCAGCGGCUACGAGUAAGUUCACUGGCACACAAAUAGAUA